AUGGCAGGUAAUAAUAGUAAUAAUAGCAGUAAACAACGUACUCAAAAUAUAGAAGAAGUAGAACAAAAGUUGGGCGAGAAUCCAAAGAUUGCUUUAAAGGGGGGAGGGAAAACCAAACUAAUGGACUUUGAGCAGUUACGCAAGCCCCAUUGCGUAAGGCCCAGCGCAAGAUUACCAGUUGAAAAUACAGCUGGUGGGUUAUUGAGAACGGGCGGCCACAGGCCUCAGCUAAGUGAUGAAGAAGUCUCUAGAAGACACCAUGAGCAGCCUCAUGGACAAGAGGAUCACUAA